CUGUCCGCCAUGUUGCGAGGAUAGUGUUGAUUACCUGUAGUCGCCGGUCACGAACCGGCAACCACAUUGAAAAGAAAAACAAAAGCAUCCAUAAAUUUCUUUUUCUUUUUCAACUUCCGAACUUUUUUUCGUUUUAUUUUCUUCUUGAUUGAAAUUUCUCUCCAUUUUUUAUUUCUGGGAUUUAUUGAUUGGCUGAGAAGAACAACGGAAAGAGGGCAAAAGAAUCUAUGAGAAUUAUCUGUGUAUUUUUGGGUUAAGUUCAAUUUAUUUUUUAUUUUUGUCGUCAUAGAUAUUGGAUUUUUAUUGUGAUGAUUCUUUAGUUUGUUCGAUUAUAUUUUAGGAGUAAUUAGUUGGUUCCUGGAGUUGGUUUUCAUAAGAUUCCUGUAGCUUAAGUAGGUUGUUGCUUGUCAAGAAUUAUCUUUUAAGAAGAACUGAGUGAAUUUGGUGAAAUUUUUGAAUUCUGAUCUUGGUUUUGAAUUAUCUGUAAGGUCGAAGAGUUUAUUUGAUUUUCAGGGUGUUGAGUAAUACAAGAUUGAUGUCUUAUAUCUUUUAGCCUCUGCUGAGAAAAGAAGUGAACUUGAUUAAGAUUAAGGUUUCUUUGGUAAUUCUCUCGGAGCUUCUUUUAGUUGACUCAUUUAAGUUACAAAGCACUUGGGGAUUGGGAAAUCUGAGCUUUGAGGGUUCGAAAUUUGCCUGGGGUAAUUGCAUUUUUGUCAGGAAGGGAUCUUUUUAGUAAUUUAUUUUGUGUGGAACGUAAGUUGAUGUUUUCGGAAGCAAUAUGGCUGCCGGGACUGAUUUUCCCCCUUUGUUCACUCCCAUAGAAGGUGAUUAUAAUAGUGAUGAUAAUGUCGCUCCUUCUGGGAAAGAUGGUAUGGAUGAUUUGAGGAAAUCCUUGAAUGGUAGACCCCCAAGGAAUCUUUCUAUUGUACGGCAUUCUAUAAGCACUACAACUCUAGUCUCACCCUCAGAUUUGGAUUCUGAUCUUGAGGUGAUUGAAAUCAAGUCACCUUCAGAUGUAAAGUCAAGCUUUAUACCAGUUUUUCGAUCUGGAAGCUGUGCUGAGAAAGGACCAAAACCAUACAUGGAGGACUACCACAUAUGCAUAAAUAAUUUGCCUCAACAUUUAGGCGAGAUUACAAGUUCUCCUUCGCUUGGUGCUUUCUACGGGGUGUUUGAUGGUCAUGGAGGUACAGAUGCAGCAUCAUUCGUUAGGAAUAACAUUCUCAAGUUUAUAGUUGAGGAUUCGUGUUUCCCUGCUUGUAUGGAAAAGGCAAUUAAGAAUGCAUUUCUGAAAGCUGAUUAUGCAUUUGCUGAUGAUAGUUCCCUCGACAUAUCUUCUGGCACCACGGCCCUGACUGCUCUCAUAUCUGGAAGAACAAUGGUGGUGGCCAAUGCAGGUGACUGUCGAGCUGUGCUGGGGAAACGGGGUAGAGCAAUCGAGCUGUCUAAAGAUCACAAGCCUAAUUGCACGUCUGAAAGACUUAGGAUAGAAAAACUUGGAGGAGCCAUAUACGAUGGUUACCUUAAUGGCCAAUUGUCUGUAGCACGAGCCCUUGGAGAUUGGCACAUGAAGGGCCCGAAAGGUUCUGCUUGCCCUUUAAGCUCUGAGCCCGAGUUGCAAGAAACACUAUUGACCGAGGACGAUGAGUUCUUGAUUAUGGGCUGUGACGGGCUUUGGGAUGUUAUGAGCAGUCAGUUUGCUGUUACAAUGGCUAGGAAAGAACUGAUGCUGCACAAUGAUCCAGAAAGAUGCUCAAGAGAGCUGGUUCGGGAAGCGCUGAAGCGCAAUACAUGUGACAACUUAACUGUUAUUAUAAUUUGUUUCUCCCCAGAUCCUCCACCGCGUAUAGAAAUAAUGCAGAGUCGAGUAAGGAGGAGUAUAUCUGCUGAAGGGUUGAAUCUUCUUAAAGGUGCACUUGAAAGUAACUCAUGAGACGAUGGAAAUUGACACUGGGUCCCUUUUAUUUCCAGUGGUCUCGUAGUCUGUAAUUUGUAUCUUUUGAAUCAUGUGUAUAUUUGAGAGGGGUGGUAUUGUACCAAUUGGAUGAACAAAACAUUUAGCUCUGCUAGUGUAGAAUGCAUUUCUACUAAUGCAUAGAAUUUCAGAACCAUUUCAGAGUCCAA